AUGUCUUAUAGCACCGAAAGAUCAUUGGCUUUCCUAUAUACGCUGGUGAUUGUCUCCUCGGUUAUUUGCUGUGUUACCGCUGGCAUUGGCUGGUCCCAUUGGCGCUAUGUCUUGAAUGCUUGUCCCGAAACCAAUUGUGGUUGCUAUUUACAUGCUCGCUCCACCUACACCUCCUUUGAAGGCGGCCACAUUGCGUAUUGCCAUUAUGCUACCUAUGGUCUGAUAUUACCGCUCUUGUUUUGUACCGUUUUGGGUAUUUAUCAUGUGUAUCGAGUUUGUUUGGGUACGGGCAAGAGGAGAACUGGAACUACCACUAUUAGGCAAAGAUCUGGUGAAGUGGUUGUUGUCACUACCGAAUCCGAUGUAAAAGAUGACGGUAUAUCGCCGUAUUAUUGGCUGCCAACAAGUAUUAUAGCAACGAUUAUGGCUCUCUAUACAUUGGUAUAUGCCUCAGUUUAUACCGAUGGUUUUGAGGUGACAUGCAAACAAUAUCGAGAAGCUCUGUUGAAGGAAAUCCAAGGCGUGGGCAAUAUUGUACCAGUUAUUAAGGGACGGCUUUCAUGUUCAGCAAUAUUUGAUUUUAUGGAUUAUUUAGUCGAAAGCAUAUCCUAUGAGAGACGUCGUUAUGGUCGCAUCAAUAGUUCAAUUUGUUUCCAUAUGACAUUGAUAUUUGCUUGGUUGGCGGUAUUUGGUUGGAUUGUUAUUGCUGUCAUCAAUAUUAUACAGACGCGAAAAACGAAAGCAGCUCGAGUUUAG